GGAACAGAAUAAUUCCCGAUUUGCCCUGGCAAAAGAUCAAACAAGCAGAAUUUUAUAGUCAACUGUUCAAAUCAGUCGCUGCUGAGAAAUAGAAAUACAACUAGAAAUAGAAAGAGAAAGAAAGAGUCUCUUCAAGCUUUAAUUUUGAGUAAUGGCUAUGGCUUAGGGUUUCACUACUUCUUCACCAAAAAGGGAAAAAAGAAGGAAAUUCCUAGAUUAUACUACGCCAUGGCCGCGAGCCUUCUUUCUCUUCUUAUUUUGCUCCCAAUAUUUCGGUUUCCUUUCUCUCUAUCUGCGGAGACAAAUUCUAUGCAGUCUGUUCCUGAUCUUCAGAAGUCAAUGUAUAUGGUUAUCGAUGGAUAUCCUUGUGUACGGCUACUCAAUCUUUCUGGAGAGAUCGGCUGUGCAAAUCCUGGACGAGACAAGGUUGUUGCUCCAGUUAUAAAGUUCAAGAAUGUUAGUGAGCUGGCACAUUUAUCUGCAGUUUUGGUAUCGUUAGAUGAUAUUCAACAACUUUUUGACAGAAUAUCAAAUGAUCCAACUUUUGCUAAGAAUGUAGGCGGUAUUUUAGUCCAGUCUGGGACGAAAAUUCAAAAUAAAUUAAUAGGAUUCUCUCCUGCUCCAAAGUUUCCAGAAGUUGAAUUUGCACCUUAUCACAGCAUCAACUAUGAAUGGAACCCGAUUGGAUCUGGUAUUAUGAAGAAAGCUUACAACUUUCCUGUAUUCCUACUCUCUGAGGAUAGCAGUCAGAUCAUGCAGGAGGUUGCUGUGAAGAAUGAGAAUAAAAAGAAUACUUAUACUGCAGAUGUGGCUGAGUUUGAUUUGGUGAUGCAGACAACCAAAUCUGGGACUCAUGAUUCAGAAUCUUGUUUAAGAGAAGAAACUUGCCUUCCAUUAGGUGGAUACAGUGUUUGGUCAUCACUCCCACCGAUUAAUAUCUCAUCAACUCAAUCCAAGCCCAUUAUAUUAACAGUGGCAUCUAUGGAUUCUGCUUCAUUUUUCCGUGACAAGAGCUUAGGUGCAGAAUCUCCUAUUUCUGGAUUGAUUUCUUUGCUGGCAGCAGUUGAUUCACUUUCUCGUGUGGAUGGUUUAGAAGAUCUCAGUAAACAGCUUGUUUUUUCAGUUUUCACUGGGGAGGCAUGGGGCUAUCUUGGUAGCAGGAGAUUUUUGCUUGAACUUGAUUUACAGACAGAUUCUGUUAAUGGCAUAAAUGACACUCUAAUUGAGAUGGUCAUGGAAAUUGGAUCUGUUGGGAAGGGUUUCAGUGGAGGGAAUAAAACCUUCUUCGCCCACACAGCAGGGGUUUCACCAGGCACAAACAAAAUGUUGAAUGCCUUCAAAGGUGCCGAAGAUUCACUUGAAUCAAAAAAUGUUACAAUCUUAUCAGCAAGCACUUCAAAUCCUGGGAUACCGCCAUCAUCUUUGAUGGCAUUUCUGAGAAAGAACUCAUCAAUUACUGGGAUUGUAUUGGAGGACUUUGAUUCUGCUUUUUCCAACAAGUUCUACCAGAGUCACCUUGAUGAUAUAUCAAAUAUACACUCUUCAGCUAUAGUGGCAGCUGCUUCUCUUAUUGCUCGCACUCUUUAUAUUCUUGCUAGUGGCAGCACAAAUUUUAGCAAUUCGGCUCUAAGUGCUAUCAAUGUAAAUGCCUCUUUAGUUGAAGAACUAAUGGGCUGUUUAUUGGACUGUGACCUGGGUUUGUCUUGCGAGCUGGUGAAGAACUAUAUAUCACCAACCUCUACAUGUCCAAGUCAUUAUGUUGGUGUCAUUAUUGGGGAACCUUCAUCAAAUCCAUAUAUUGGAUAUGUUGAUGAUAUUUCUAGGUUUAUAUGGAACUUUUUGGCUGAUAGAACUUCUGUUCUGAAGGAGAAUAGUAGUUCCGAUUGCUCAAAGGAUUGCAGCAACAAAGGCGAGGUCUGCAUUAAGGCAGAAAUGAAUGGGAAGGGAGUUUGUGUUACUUCUACUACAAGGUAUGUCCCUGCGUAUUCAACCCGAUUGAAAUAUGAAUCUGGAAUAUGGAGCGUUUUGCCAUCGAAUUAUUCAGACUCCAUGGGAAUGGUGGAUCCGGUGUGGACAGAGAGCAACUGGGACGCAAUUGGCCUUCGUGUAUAUACAGUUCAGAAUGCCACUUUUGAUAACCUUGUUCUGGUGGGAGGUAUUGCUGUCACUGUCUUGGCUUACGUAGUAAUAGUAAUUACAAGAGCCUUCAUCACAAAGGCCUCGAAACGGGAUUGACAAUAUUCUGAGUUGUGGUUGGAGGUUUUUGAUAUAGCGUACGGAAAUGGUAGGGAAUAGAGCUAAAAACGAAAACCAAAUUGUUUGCAUCAUUCAAGACACUGAAUUUGAAGCACUUGCUGGGAUGGGAUGCUCAUGCUGUCAUAUUUAAGAUGCAUCCAUGCGCAUUUCAGUUAAUGUAAUUGAAUUCCAUAUUAUUCAAAUGGAGAAUGCAUUGCCUAUUGCCUUGUCAA